GAUCGUGAAAUUUCGACAUUCUAGUUUUGUAUUAAGUAUAUAUUUUAGUGUAGCUUCUUGUGGAAUAUCUCACCAAUAACAGAAUUAUAGGUUGCCUGAGAUAAGAUUAGCGAAGCCCAUGUGAUGGUCAUUUAAUGAAGAACAAAGGGCGAAAUGUUAAACAACUAUGCAGAGAGUGGGGGUGGAUUCAACAGCAACCAUGGGCAAACAUCACGAACAACAGAGGGAGCUGCCAAGCAGCAUAACAUCGGCUCAACCUGGAGUAGCUACAACUCCCAGCUAGAGGGGAUGUACUACGGUAGUGGAGAGCAGGCAAUGUUCAUGGGGCCGUACGAUGGAAGUACCAAGCAUGCCAACUACCCCCAGUACCCUCACCAGCCGGUACCCACCCCCAUGGUCAAAUGUCAAGAAGCAUGCUGCCAACACUUCCAAGACAGAUAUCCCCUCAACCCGGCUCCAUUGAGGUAUCAGCCGACACAACCCAGAUAUGAUGACUCGAGGCAGUACUUCACAGACAGGAGGUCUAUGCAACCGACUCUGUCAAGGAAGAAGGCUUAUCCCACUGAUAACAGUUUUGCAGGCAUUCCAGACAGGCAUUAUUCCCAGUUCAUGAGUCGUGGUCAGUUCAUGCCCGACAGUAGGCAGCAGAUGCAGCAGAUGAUGAGGUCUCAGUAUCCCAUGUAUCCACCGUACUGGGGCAGUACUAGGAGCUACGGUCCCAGGAUGAACUGUCCCCCACCACCUUACCAUCAGUCUGUCAGUCAAGGAGCUCAGCUUCAAGCGGGACUGAAGAUGACAGAUCCUCACUACAUGGACGCAACACAGAAGUCGUUAGGUACUCAACGCCACAGAACGGUCGGUUCUAGUGGUGGGUCUGAGAUAAUUAGACCUGUCCCGGAACCGAAAAGGUCCGUUUUGGAUCCGAACCUGCAAAGUUGUUACGAGUUUGGGUACCCAGGAGGUUUUGUACCUUUCGGUGAGGUCAAUAAGAUUCAAGGAACAGGUGUUUCACAAAAUGGCACCUCUUGUAAAAUACCGAGUGACAAGCAGUAUCAUCCCCACCAAAUGCAGUAUGCCAUGCAAGGGAGUGACAGAAGUAUGAUGAAUUGUAGCAACCCCAUUAAUGAACUCAGUUACUCUAUGAAUUUCGCUCUUCCCACUGGAGAUCCGUAUAUUAGAGCUGGGUUAGACGACGGGCAGUCCAUUUCUGACUCACGCAAGGCGAACCUUCAAUAUGAUUCUUCAUUGGGGAAGAAAAGACCAGACUUGGACCUUCGCCAAUAUUUAGCCACAUGGGAGGAUGACGAGGAAGAAGGAACGAGGUUGUCAGAACCUUUGGCUUUAGGAAACAGUGGAGCACCUUAUAUUGUGGUUGACUGCAGAUCACUUGAAGGUGAGGCUGCUGCCAAAAUACAAGAAAGAUUCAAAACCUCCCAAAACUGUAGCUCAAAAUCUAGAAGUAGUAGUCCUAGUAAUGAACGAAAACGUAUUGAUGAAUCAAAUAGAUCAAAUGAAAAUCCUGAGAAUUCUACUUUGUCAGCAGAAUUUCAAAAUCAACCCUCAUUUGCACCUUCAAUGCCAAACCUUCUAAAUGACAAUGACAAAGGAGUCAGUUUUUGGAAUGGGGCCGAGAGAGAUGGUGAAGGGAUAUCUGGAAAGAAUAGUGCAUUUCAACCGUUAGAUUGCUCAAAAAGAGAUAAUAAUGUAGAACAUAGCAAAAAUGAUCCUCAGACACACAGUGAGUUGCCAACAAACAAAGUUCCCAGUACUGAAACUGGCAGUAUGUCCUUUGAUAACCUUGUUUCUUACUACGGAGAUACCAGGCGAAUCAGUGAUGGUGCCUAUGAUUUUGUAGAAAUGACUGAAAGACUAGUUAAUAACACAGACAAGUCAGCUGUGAAUAGUCAUCAAGUUCCACCUGCAAUGACUCGACCUUGCGAUCCAAGGCUUCAGCAAUCACAAAUGGGAAACAACCCCUCAAUAUACAAUAAAGUUACACCGAGAUACUCUGCAGGUAACUUCCAACAUUACAAGCCUCCAGUACAUCCAGAUCCUUAUUAUAAUUUUAAACACCCGAUAAACCCAAACAAGUACCUACCGUAUGACAACACUCAAAUCCUGGAUCCAAACUAUGAUUAUCAUAAACUCACUUCGGAUUUUGACCCUGCCAGAUUGUAUUCAAAUAAAGACUUAACUAAAGAUCCGAGGAGGUUAUUUCAUCAAGAACUGGACAAAGCUGCUGAAAGUGCAUUUUUAGAUCCAGUCCGUAAAGCACAACUCAAUGAUUGUUACCAAGAAAAGGUUCACUGUGAAUUUCCCAACGGAGAUCCUAAUACCUUCAUGCCUCCAUUAAUGGUUAAAAAAUCAGAUCUAAUUGGCAGAGAUAAACUAUAUUCAGAUAAGAACCAUUCAAUUAGAGAAAGAAUGGACGUCAUAAACAAUGAAAAUCAAAACCCUGCAGAAAAGACUGUACUAAUAACCUCUCAGAAUGGACCACCUGAAAUAUUUAGGGUUCCAUUUCCUCCUGAAAAAGAAUCUUCUCACAAGGACAAUGUGGUGACCCUUCAUUCCGGCGACCAAACAAAAAGCAACACUAUAACAGUAGAAGUUCCCUACGUCCAACAGUACUCAACAUUGGUCGAACUAUCUGAAGAAAUAAGUAGAGUAGAAAAUGGAGAUGGAAAAAACAAAUCUAAACCAGACGUACUAGUUCCCAGCAAAUCAACAAACGACGAAGCAAAGAAACCCACCAGUUUUAAAUUGAAGAGGCUCCCUAACAGUAAGGAAUGGGCAGUUGAAAACAAAGCCCUCCUUAAUUCUAAAACCCAAGUUGCAACUGAAAGCAACACAGGAGAUUCAGAAAGCACUCCAAGAUGUGAAGUGUCAGGGGAAAAAGACUGUUUGAAUCCACCUCUAACAAGUAGCAACCUGAACAUGCCAUCUUUAGAUGACUUUAGAGAAGAAGAAAACUGCGCUUCUCUUGCAGAGAACCUUUCUAAAAAUAAAGUUAAUGAACCUUCUGAUGUUGGAAACAAGGUAUGUAGUUCCAAUGUGGAUGACUCUAACAAAGGUAAUAAAUACAAUGCUCAACCACCACAAAUGGCAAUAGUACAACCUAUGAAAUUAAAUAAAUGUGAUGUAAAUCAAAUAGAAUCCAACCAAAGCUGCAAACUGUCCAUAAAUGAUAGCCAUGAUAAUCAACUGGACAAACCUAAUGGAUCUAUUGGCCAAAACCAAAAUAGUUUUGAUCCAGAAAAAUUAAUUACCAGUACCAGUUCUAAUUUAGAACUGAUGUCUGAAGAUAUUUCAAAACAUGAAAACUUUAGAACUCACAAAAAAAUUCAAAGCUUCCCUGCAAGAAUCCCAACAUGCCUACCUUCUCCUAGUGAGGAGUUUUUGCACUCUCAGGAAAUGGGAAACCAUAAGGAAACCUAUUCUCCUUUUCACGUGUAUUCAGAUUGUGACAUGAACUCACAGAUAAAUGAUUUUUUCAAGAUGGAUGAUAGAAAUACUUCAAACAACAAAGACUUGAACAACCGAAUGCCAUCAUCUCCAAGUGUAGAAGGAAUGUUUGAGGACAUAAACCACUCUAAUGAAUCAUCAGAAAAUGAAACUGGCCUCGAAGAUCAGCUUUCACCAUUAGCAGAGUGUGCAAAUUCCCUAAAUCUGAAACAAUCUUCUAACAACAAAGAGCCCACCAAUUUUACUGAUAAACUAACACCAUUAAUUGAAAAUGACAAUUCUAAUAAUUUGGAGAAACCAUGCAAAAGUAAAGACGUCCUUCCAUCAACUGCUAAUGAAAUUGAGAGUAGGUCCACUCUGAAAGUAGGAGGUGAAACUCCUAAUGAAAAUGAAGAAGAAGAUGGUUCAACCCCUUUGAAGGACAAAGUUUGUUUUUUUAACCAAAAAGAAUCAGUUUUUUUAAGAAGAGACUCACUAAAAAUAUUAGAAAGAGAAGCAGUUUUAAGAGAAAUCUUUUCUCCGGAACCUGAAAGUGAUUAUACUGAAAGUAAAGAAAAUGCUUAUCCAGGAAUCUUCAAUCAGCACAAACCAGAAAACUCUAAACUUCAGUACUGUGAAAAUGUUGACACUAAUGAUGAUCUCAGUUCUUCAGUGAACGACUCCACCAAUUUUAAAGGUUUUUCUGAAUCAUCAGUUCAAGAAGUAAGCAAUCAAAAUAGUGGGGUGUAUUCUCCACCCAGCAAAACAGAGAUUGCUCAAUCAGAGCAAAAUGAAAUAAGUGUGUCCUCAUCUAUUGAAUUGCAACCUCAUAAAAACAAAAUGUUUGUUGAUUCUCCAAGUGAAAUGGAUGAUUCUUUUAAAGAGAACUUAAGAGAGAAUAGUAAACCAGCUCUUCAGAAACCAGCUUUGCCAGAAACUGAAUCAAAUGAUAAUCAACCCAGCUUUCUUUCUACAAAAUUGAACAACUUUAAUUACCUAUUGAACAGAAGCAUUGAAGAAUCUGCUCAUGACCAAAAAUCGAAAGGAAAGACAGAAGAAAACCAAUCAACCUCAUCUUCUGAAGAUUUAAAUCUGUUGCGAACAGUACAGAAUAGCCCUUUGAAUAAUGAAAGCCAUCCAAUGUCACCAGAAGAAAACUCCUUUUUAUGUCAAGAUAGAGAUAUACUUUCUCCUAACCAUGAGGAUGUAUCCAACGAAUCUACAAUUAGUUGUACAGAUAUGACCAGUGAUAACGUGUCUUGUAAUGAUUCCAACACCAAUGACAUUUCAACAAAGGUUGCGCCAAACGAAGAUACUAAUGCAACUUUGCUAGUUACUGGAAAGGAUGUUUUGUUCUCGACAACUCAACCAGUAGAUGAUCAAGAUGAUGAAGCUCUAAACAACAGUGUAAGCCACAAAGAAACUUACAACAGUGACAUGUCAUUUGAUGAUGGUGUUGACGAUGAUCAGACACAUAACAUAACACAGAGUCAAAAUGAAAAGAUUACUUCUGUCCACGAUUCAUUAAGAAACAAUCAACAUUUAAACAAGGAAACUUUCCCAUUACAGUGUUUAGUUGAAGCUGCCCUUGCUCUAGAACAUGUUGGUUCAAAACAAAUGUUACUUAAUAAUUCCAAUUUUCCAGGACUUUAUUCUCAGUCAGAUGAAGGCUUUGUGGAAUCACCUCUUAGUGAGAGCCCAUCUCAUGAAUCUCUCGAUUAUUCAACAAAAACUAAUACUGCUGAUGAAAUUCUUGACAGAAAAAAGAUAAAAAAUAAUCACUCUAUAGUUGAUGGAGACUCGUUUUCAAAAUUUGAAGAGACUCACUACAACUUGAGGGAUUCGACUAGAAUCGUAACAUCAAGUAGCUGUAAUAUUAUUCCCUACCCAAAAAGAAAAUAUCGUUUUAAAUCUGUGAAAUCCUCUUGUGCUACACAUGAGAUGAAACAGAGAGAAACCGAUACAGUUGUAAAUGACAAAAUUAAAUCUAAAAAGCGAAAAAGUGUGUUCGCCUAUCCCCGCACUAAAAGGCGUAAACGAAAUACAAAAGAUAAACCAAAAACUUCAGAUGUUUUACCUGAACCAAUCACUCAGGAUGCUACUGAAGUUGAUUCAAAUACCCACCACUAUGAUGAAUCAAUACAAAAUGAUUACAAUAGAGAAGACAGCUUACAAAAUCAUUGUGAAAAUAUCGAGCCUUGUCUGAACACAGGAACCAACACUAUGAACUGUUCAAAUAAUACUUCAGAUUACAAAACGAGUUCUCAAUUGACAAACGAUAGUAGUCAUUUGACAGAUGAUGAAUCAAAAAAUAAUUUUGGUGGUCCUCUGUUGAUAGCUAACGAAGAUACAACAGCUCAAGGAAAUAUAUUUUGUGUACAUGUUGACUCCGAAAAGAUUGAUGAUUAUGUUGGUGGAUUAGGGAUCCUCUCAGAUACCAAUCAUUCGUUGUUUAAAGAAAGUACGGAUGGUAUUGAAAGUGAAAUACCAAAUGUGUCUUUGGAUAAUAGCACAAGUUUAGUCAUCAUCAUUGAGGAUUUAGAUGAAAACGCUGGUAAAAUGCAAUUUGAUAAUGGCAAAAGUGAGUCAGAUGUAAUGUUGGGAUCAGUCAGGGAUGCUGAUUGUGCUGAUGUUUUGACAACCGAACUAUCAGUCAAUGAAUCUUGUAUAUGUCCACCUGACAUUGGAUUGAAAAAUGCUUGUGAAAAUGAACUGAAAUCUAAACUUUUGUACGGAAGAAGUGAAGAACUUCUUACUACUAACUGCUAUGAAGAAAUUAAUGAAAACCUCAUUAAUGAUAUUGGGAACUGGCCUUUUGUGGAAGAGGAGGUAGCAGAGUUUGACGAUAGAUCUGAAUUUCCUAAUAAAAUCCCCGAAGAAGGAAGAAAAAUUGAACUUAAAUUUGUCAAAGUCAGCCGUCUUAUUCUGCAGAGAGAGUCAGACAAUAGCAGCAGUAGUUAUUCAGAAAAAGAUAGUGAAGAAGAAAAUGAAAAUAGGAAAUUGUCUGUUGAACACAGUGAUGGGAAAUCAACGUUGAGUGUUGACUCUUAUCUGACUGAAAAUAUAUCACAAAAUGAAAACUGGCAACCGAUUGUUGUGUUGAAAAGAAAUAAAGAGUUAGACGAGUUGACCUCAAGACUCCAAUCACAAACAUUCACAUCUCUUUCCAAUUCACAGUCAAGUUCCAGUGAUGAAAGUAAAGAUGAAGAAUCCUCAGAACACUCUGAUACUGAUUCCUGGAGAAGUGUAUCCAGAUUCUGA